AUGAGGGGGCUCUGUGCCUUCCCUGCAGCCAUGCCCUCCAGUAACUCCCGCCCCCCCGCGUGCCUAGCCCCGGUGGCUCUCUUCUUGGCUCUAUUGCUCCAUCUUUCCCUUUCCUCCCAAGCUGGAGAUAGGAGACCCAUGCCUGUAGACAGAGCUCCAGGUCUGAAGGAAAAGACCCUGAUUCUGCUUGAUGUGAGCACCAAGAACCCAGUCAGGACAGUCAAUGAGAACUUCCUCUCUCUGCAGCUGGAUCCGUCCAUCAUUCAUGAUGGCUGGCUCGAUUUCUUAAGCUCCAAGCGUCUGGUGACUCUGGCCCGGGGACUUUCGCCCGCCUUUCUGCGCUUCGGGGGCAAAAGGACUGACUUCCUGCAGUUCCAGAAUCUGAGGAACCCAGCGAAAAGCCGAGGUGGCCCCGGCCCGGAUUACUAUCUCAAAAACUACGAGGAUGAUAUUGUUCGAAGUGAUGUUGCUUUGGAUAAACAGAAAGGCUGCAAGAUUGCCCAGCACCCUGAUGUCAUGUUAGAGCUCCAAAGGGAGAAGGCAACUCAGAUGCAUCUGGUUCUUCUAAAGGAACAAUUCUCUAAUACUUACAGUAAUCUCAUAUUAACAGCCAGGUCUCUAGACAAACUUUAUAACUUUGCUGAUUGCUCUGGACUCCACCUGAUAUUUGCUCUAAAUGCUCUGCGUCGUAAUCCCAAUAACUCCUGGAACAGUUCUAGUGCCCUGAGUCUGUUGAAGUACAGCGCCAGCAAAAAGUACAACAUUUCUUGGGAACUGGGUAAUGAACCAAAUAACUAUCGGACCAUGCAUGGCCGGGCAGUAAAUGGCAGCCAGUUGGGAAAGGAUUACAUCCAGCUGAAGAGUCUGUUGCAGCCCAUCCGGAUUUACUCCAGAGCCAGUUUGUAUGGCCCUAAUAUUGGGCGGCCCAGGAAGAAUGUCAUCACCCUCUUGGAUGGAUUCAUGAAGGUAGCAGGAAGCACAGUGGAUGCAGUUACCUGGCAACAUUGCUACAUUGAUGGCCGGGUGGUCAAGGUGAUGGACUUCCUGAAAACUCGCCUGUUAGACACACUCUCUGACCAGAUUAGGAAAAUUCAGAAAGUAGUUAACACAUACACCCCAGGAAAGAAGAUUUGGCUUGAAGGUGUGGUGACCACCUCGGCUGGAGGCACAAACAACCUGUCAGAUUCCUAUGCUGCAGGAUUCUUAUGGUUGAACACUUUAGGAAUGCUGGCCAAUCAGGGCAUCGAUGUUGUGAUACGGCACUCAUUUUUUGACCAUGGCUACAAUCACCUUGUGGACCAGAAUUUUAACCCAUUACCAGACUACUGGCUCUCUCUCCUUUACAAGCGCCUGAUUGGCCCCAAAGUCUUGGCCGUCCAUGUGGCUGGGCUCCAGCGGAAGCCGCGGCCAGGCCGAGUGAUCCGGGACAAACUAAGGAUUUAUGCUCACUGCACGAACCACCGCAACCACAACUAUGUUCGUGGAUCCAUUACCCUUUUUAUCAUCAACCUGCACCGAUCAAGAAAGAAAAUCAAACUGGCUGGAACUCUCAGGGACAAGCUGGUACACCAGUAUCUGCUGCAGCCCUAUGGACAGGAGGGCCUGAAGUCCAAGUCAGUGCAGCUGAAUGGCCAGCCCUUAGUGAUGGUGGAUGACGGGACCCUUCCAGAACUGAAGCCCCGCCCCCUGCGGGCCGGCCGGACAUUGGUCAUCCCCCCAGUCACCAUGGGCUUUUAUGUGGUCAAGAACGUCAAUGCUUUGGCCUGCCGCUACCGAUAAACCACUUUCACACUUGCAAGUUACCUGUGAGCCUGCUGGACUGCUUUCCACCCUUUUGCCUUAAUAGUAUCCUUACUUUUCAGACAUCUUCUUAGCAACAACCAGUCUCUACUACCCUAUCCUGCUGGAAUCAAUGUGGACUUGUUCUCCAAAGAGACUAAAUGUCAUAGUAUGAAUUUAGCCUAUGUAGGUCACAUCCACUCUGAAGGAAAAUGUAGACAUCAGCUGUACCAAUAGAAGGGUGAAGGUAUGUGUGUACAUACCAAUGUACAGGCACCAUGAAAACAAGAUGGCAGCACACUCCCGGGACAAAUCUUUCCGAACAACUCCCCAUGAUCCUGGUCACACAGCAAUACAACUACAGACCUCAGACCUUAGCCUGUUCUUGCUGCCCUCAGCAGAAGGUGAAGGACGACAAAAAUUGGGUACACUUGCAGGAGCCCAAUCCUCUUCUAAAUCCUGCUCCUUUGUCUGUUUUCUGCUGUGGCCCUGGGUUUCCCAUCACCUCUCUUUCCAUGGGGGAGCAAGUGGGUGAGUCAGCUCUGGCCUGCUGGGUGAGCUGUUUAUGUAAUUGCACAGCUGAUGUAUGAGUGUGUGCAUCUGGGCUUCUGACACUGACAUCAAUCACUAGCUGUUCCUCUGGGAAGCAGGUGCCUCAAAAGUAAAAUCACAAGCAUACUCCAGAUUUUCUAAGAAAGUUCUAUUCCUCUGCUAAUCCAGAUUCCCCCGGGAUUGGACUAGGAGUCAGGUAACAAUAUUCACUGAAUGGAGAGCAAUGUAUUAGGCACCACAAAAAGCUAUCACCAUCCUUCAUGUUGCUGUGAGGAGGAGGGUGUAGGACAAAGAGAAAAUACCGUGAACCACCACCACCACCCUCCCCACACACACACGCACCAACUGAACAAAGUAAAUUAAAAAUGCCUUAAAAUUCAGAGAAUAUUAACAGCUUUUUUGAGUAAGCCCUUUAUGGUUUGAUUGACCAAAACCAUUUUUUAAAAGUGGAUAUGUGAAUCAAAGGUCAUCACUAUAAGAUACACCUGAUUCUAACUUUUCUGACUCUUCUCAAGCAGCUGUGUGUCUCUCAAUGGCAUUGACUAGGCAGAAAUCAAAUCUGGGCAUUAAAGAUGAUCAGGUCUAUCUAUCUCAGACCAGCCCAAUGAGAGCAAAGAACAAAGAUUUCAGUUAGCCAUUUGGGGAAAGAAAAGGGGAAACUGGAGUCUGAGGUCUGAUGGCAAACUGUGGAGCGGGGAAUGGGAAGCUUCUGAGUUGGGUGAUCAGCCUGCUCUUACUUAGACCCACAUGUCUUCCUGGAGCCCUGGAAGUGGGGUGGCUGGAGGGGCAGUAAGGCAGAUGGGAGCUAGAGUGAUGUAAAUUUCAUGAUGGGGGUCUCUGCAAACAAGCUGCAACUGAAAUGACUUUCUUUUCUGUGGACGUGAUUUUUAUUUUUCCUCAGGAUAAAUGACAUGAAUGACACUUUUUUUAAAGGGGGGAAAUAUUUGACACUGCUGUAGGGGUCCGAUGAACAGAUACAAUUUCUGCUGCUGGGAAAGUUUAGAAAUGGGGCGAGGGGAGAUUGCAGAGGCCAGAGAGACCGCCUAAGAUGCCCAAGGAGUUGCGGAUUAGGAUCAAGUCUGCAAAGUGAAUGUGAGGCCAGAGACAUGAGGACAAUUAGACCAGAGAGGAGGUGGACGGAGGUGAGUGUUCUCAGCUUGGAGAACUGGGAAUUUGGGAGAGGGAAGCCAACAGGCUCGUUUGCAUGUGAGGGAGACGGUGGACUGGUUACUACUAUGCAUAUAAUAGGGUGCAUGAAGAACAGCAGACAGGAGGUGCAGCAGAACAAGCUAGAGAGGGGCUGGACUCGGUUAGGGGGUGUGCUCCACAUGGAAGCAGCUGGAGAGAGAAGAGUGGCCCCUGAGACUGCGGUGAGCCAGGCUGACCCAGAGGGGCCUCCUCUGCUCUGGAACAGGCCCCUCUCACUGAAACGUCUGCUCUGGGAGGGGGCAGAGAAGGGCCAAGGUGGGGGGUGGGGGAGUGGAAUGGAGUGAAAAGCAGCCACAGAGGGACAGGCCAAAGUGAGGAAGAGAGAGGGAAAGAAACAAGGAACAAAGAAACUGUUUGCUCAAACUUUAAAAAAUUUGUGCAAAUAGGCGAAUCUCUUCCGUAUGCCGCAGGUACAGCUGCAGGGCUUAGAUCAUCACAAGAGCAUCCAGAUUCUGGGCUGGUUUGCUUUACAUGCAUAGUGGCCCUGUGGCGAAGAAACUAUUAUCAGCCCCAGUUUCCCAGUGAGUUGAGAAAAGGGUCCCCAGCUUGCCCAGGGUUGCCCAGGGUUCCCCAAGGGAACGCGCUGCUAAGCUUUGAACAGUCCAGAGCUCUGCCAGACCCAGAGCUGCCCAUGUCAGAGCCUCUGCUUGGAUCCUGCUAAUCCAGUAGAGCCAGGACUCCCAGAACUCCGGGCCAACACACAUUCUGUAAAUACGUGUUGAUUUUUCACUGCCUCUAAACUCACAGAAUACAGACCGUUCCCACUUCUUUUGUC